GAGGCUCGCCAGGCUCGGCAUCCACGUGGAGAGCAGCAGGCGAGCCAGCCUGGCAUCGACAGGAAAGGCUGGAAAGGCCGCGGGCUGGAGGCUGCAAUGGCGCGCCGCCGCCUGUCUCGCCAGCGCCCGGCUCGCGACCGCCCUCAGCGAGCUGGUCGCUUUCGAGUGCUCGCCGAGCGCCAGCGAGGUCGCACAGCUCUGGAGCAUGGUGAACGCAGCGCUGCCCGGUCGUUCGAGGCACCGCUCGACGACGCCGAGGCUGGCGUGCUUCGGCGAGGAUCCUGGCCCCGCCCUUACGUCAGCGCCGAUGGCAGCCUGGGCCGAGCACGUGUGGGACCACCCAGGACUGUCUCCCACCAUGUCGGAGGCCAUGGCGGGGCGCGACGCGGAGCUGAAGCAGUGGGAGGCGUGGGUCGCCGAAGACAGUGGUCGCGCGGCGCUUGCGCCCGCCCCGUUCGCUGAGGCUACCAGAACAUUGACCACGCCGAGCUGCAGGCAGUCCGUCAUUGAUGGAGUGGCCGCUGGUGAGAGGUGGUGCACCGCCUCACGCCGCCCGAAUGCAGACUUGUGGCGACAGGUAUGGGCGAGGCUGCGGGACGUCGGGCUGGGCCCCAACGGCGUGCAGUUCCGCAAGGUGUAG